AUGGUUAUGAGUCAGUGCAUCCGAUGCAGAUCCGAUCAAGACUGCCAUUCUUAUAGAUGCCAUUACACAAAUCAGCAAAUAAAGUGCCAGUAUCACACUGUUCUUUUUGAUACGCAGAAGUGUUGUUUGUGCUCCAGUACAAAUGGCGGUUCGCACUGCUCCAGGAACAGCGACUGCGCAAACCAACACUGCUCUACAGGAUAUACCCCAGUCUGUUCCUUAUCCUCUCACACUUGCAGAUGCGAGGCAACAUGUAGCGCUCACACGGACUGUGCACACUUAUCUUGCUACACGGGAGAUCCUGUUUGCUCUUCAGCACAAAACAACUCUAGAACAUGCAUCUGCGAAACUUCCUGCUCGAAACAUGAAGAAUGCGCCAACCAUCGUUGUUCAUAUAUUUAUCAACCAACCUGCAGGUCCGGACGAUGCGCAUGUGUACAUCACUGCACCAGCAAUACGUAUUGCUCUAGACACUUGAACUGUGGAGGAAGAGGGAGUCCCUAUUGUUCCACUGCUAAGAAGAUCUGUGAAUGUGAAGAGUGUAUUCACGACUCCGAUUGCUCACAUCAUCAAUGUGAUACGGGAUACUCUUCCAUGUGUGUUAAUGAUACUUGUGUUUGUCAAGCAAAUCCGGUAGAUGGAGGCUGGUCUCUUUGGUCAUCAUGGACAGCUUGCAGUGCCACCUGUGGUUUGAUACUGCAAUCGCGCUCGCGCGUUUGUGAUAAUCCCCCGUCAUCCAAUGGUGGACACUCGUGCACAGGCAGUGCACACCAGUCAAAAGUGUGCAACAUACAUCAUUGCCCUAUUGAUGGUGGAUGGUCGUCCUGGGAGGCUUGGACGUCUUGCAGCGCCACCUGUGGAAACGGAACCCAAUCACGUUCACGUCAUUGCAAUAAUCCUACCCCUUCCGAUGGCGGAAAAACUUGUACAGGAAAUACAAAAGAGCAGAAAAUCUGUCAUCUCGAUCAAUGUACCGGAGUGGUCUGUCCGACAUGUGAUCAAAAUCUCUCGUGUACCUGGAACAACACGUGUGAUGCCACGGAGACUUGCAUGAUUAGAUCGUAUCAAGGAUUUAAACUCACCGUCCAUUGCUCAAAGAAAGACGACUGUUCCUUUGAGAAGUUAGCUUUACCUACAGGGGAAAUAUUUUGUUGUAAUACUCGUGAAUGUGUUAGACUUUACCUUGGUAUUUGA